AUGGCUCCCAAAAAGACUGGAAAGGCUGCACCGGCUUCCAAGGGCCCUGCGCCUCCGCGACCAGCCCAACAGGCGCCGAAUUGGCCUGCCUUCACGCCACUGAUCCCGGAGUCAGACCUCUCGCUGCAGGAGAUACUUCCGAGCCAGAUCGUCACGAUACCGAACUUCUUCACAGCGACUCUUUGCAAGAGCUAUGUGUCAUUCUUGUCCUCUCUUCCUUUGACCACAACCCCAGGCAAGCCGAAGAAGGGUGAUGCAGUAAGAGUCAACGACCGUUUCCAGAUCGAUGACCCCGCUUUCGCCGAGAGGCUGUGGAGUGGGACUGCCCUUAAAAAUCUGGUCACUGGAGUUGCAACUGGCGAGGGUCCGAACCUUACUGAGGAUCAGCGCAAAGAGCUAUGGGGCGGCGAGGUCAUUGGCCUCAAUCCAAACAUCCGCAUCUAUCGAUACUCGAAGGGCCAAUUCUUCGACCAGCACUAUGACGACUACAACAACGUGACUGUACCAGGCUCGCCACCAGUGCCCGGGCGCACAACGUGGACUCUUCUGCUCUACCUCACAUCUCCUGCUACGGGGUGCAUAGGUGGCGAAACAGUCUUCUAUCCCGACCCUCCUAAGAAGAAGAGUAGGGAACCGCCGCCAGAGCCAUUUGUCGUUGGGCUCGAAGUUGGCCUUGCACUUCUGCACAAGCACGGCGCAGAUUGUAUGCUGCACGAGGGUCGCGAAGUGCUGCAGGGCGAGAAAUGGGUUAUCAGAAGUGACCUAUGUGUCAAGCGAUGA